CAGCACAACACCUUCAUCACAUCCCUCGUACAAUUCAUUAGCUUGACAAUGGCGGACCCUUUCGGAAUUUCUUCGGGUGCCAUUGGAAUUGCUACAUCAUUCACUGCUUGCGUGGAUUGCUUCGGGUACAUCCAAUUUGGCCGCCACUUCGGGCGAGAUUUCCAAACCGAUCAGCUGGCUCUUGGUUGCGCGAGACUCCGUCUUGCACGCUAGAGGGAGUCUGUUAAUAUCUACAAUGAUCCGAGACUCGGCAGACCCGAUACUACUGCAACAGAGAUCCGGAUGGCAAAGGACACAAUACUACAAAUCCUUGCGCUUUUCGCCGACACAGAAGAGAUUUCGAAGGAGUACAAGCUAAAGGCAAAGGCAGGCGAGGACCUCACACUAUUUACAGCGACUAAUAUGGAUCCCUUACAUAUGGCACUAGAGAACACGAUAAAACAGAUUGCAAUCAAGCGUCAAAAGGGGAGCCGGUUCUUAAAGCUUACUAGCUGGGCCCUCUACCACAGGACGGAAUUUCAACAACUUAUUGGCAGCGUGGUCGUACUUAUCAACAACCUCGAAAAUCUUUUCCCUGCACCUCAAGCCCAAGUCACGCUUGUCCGACAAGAAGCGGCAGAAAUCGGCGACAAAAAGUUUCUUCAAGUAAUCGAGAACGUAGCUAAGGGCGUGCACAGCCUGCUUCGAACAGCUGCACAAGAAGUGCUUCCUGGUCACAAAUUCUUGAAGAUUGUGGUUAGAGGUCAAGCUCAAACUGGUAAUAUGUAUAGUAGUAACUGGAGAGGUACUGCGACAGGGGCAUCUAGCCAGUAUGAUAGCGUUGAGGUGGAAAAGGGUGGGAAGGCUCUGAUUGGGGAGAUUUUGGGCGAUUACGGGAAGGGCUUUUGGGACGAUUGAGCACGUCUGUGACAACAGCUAGGUUAGGGUUAGUGCGCAUAAAAUGUAAGUCGAAAAAUAAACUCAUUGAAUUUUCUGAACUGAAGCCGAU